CAGCUCCUCUCUGAGUCUUACUCUGAGGUAAAUGCACUCGCUGUCAAUACAGACAGCCUCAGAGAACUUGCUGCACACUUUCUCUCCCUCCUUGUCACCUUCUUUCACAGCUCGCUCAAAGGCUUGGCUCCACAAGUAGCUGCUCAAUAAUGAUGCGACCGAAAGAUUUGCGCCAGGGCUCUGGCACUAAGACCUUCCUAGACGCCAUGCAUGGUGGUAAAGUUCACCUUGCACGCUUCAUACUGGACGCCUUGGACGGACGCAUUAUCAACUCAAAGACUGAAAACAGCCGCACCCCGCUCAUGUAUGCCGUCUGCCUGCAAGACCCCGGGACCAGGGCCAAGUUCACCCGGCUACUGCUGGAGAAAGGGGCUGAUGUCAACUGCCAGGAUGAGGAUGGUCGCACAGCCCUGAGCCAUGCCUGUGAGAUGGGUCACCUGGAUGUUGUGAAGCUCCUGGUGCAGUUCAACGCAGACCCGGACAUCUCUGACACCUGGGGUAACAGCUCUCUCAUGUAUGCUGCCUUCUCUGGGCACAGUCAGGUUCUGGAGUUCCUGGUCCGAGCUUUCAAAAGACUGGGGCUGAGGCUGGACAGAACCAAUAAUGCUGGUCACUCUGCCAUUGAGGUGGCCAACUUCUUCGGACACAACCAGUGUGUCCAGAUUCUGAACUUCCCUUGCAGGAGAGGUGUUGGUGCAGACGAUCUGCCCGCUGAUGUGGGUACCAUUGGUGAAGGAGAGUACCGGCUCCCCAACAGGCUCCCUAGGCAUGUUCUGGAGAGGUUCUCCAAGCAGUUGAAUGAAGACCAUCUGCCCGGGGUAUUUCAGAGACAGCUGAAAAUCGGAGAUGGCAGCGGGUUGUGGAACCGCUUCAAGUGUCCCAGGAGCCAGUCUCAAGAGGACAACCAUCGCCACAGCUGGGCACUGCCUCCUCAGCUAGAGAAAAGCCAAACUGAGGGUGAUCAUAGCGUUUUCUUUACUGCCAAACAACUACAAAACUGCCAGCUCAGAGAGCUAAGAGGGGCUAAAACACUGAACUCUCUUCCGGAGCCAAGCCAGAAAGAUGUCAGCCAAGACAAUGGACUCUCAGAGCAAACACCAGUGACUUUUCCUCUCUGGGGAAAAGCAAAGUCAUUUAACCUGGACCUUCUGAGCAGCAGAAAGCAGUCCUAUCAGGGUGAUGUGCGAGACAUAAGCCUGUCAGCCAGCAAAUUAAAGAGAGCCUCGCUACAGGAUGAGAGAUGUCUGAUAGACAAGAUGGAAUGUCAAGGAAACACCCGGGGCCUGACAAACGAUGCUGACAAAACUCUCUCAGUGCCAAAACCUCUUUUAAGCGGCAAGAGUCAGCCCGUGAGAGCACUUGAGGAGAAUGUCAAAUCACAGAAAGAAGAGGCUAAUGACAUGGCUUCAGGCAGGAGAGAGCAGCAGAAGAGGGGAAGCUUCGGCCUGACAAGCAGAAACAACAAGCUACUGUUUGCCAGAGGUGAGAUGGAGUCAGGGAAGCUCCCCGGUCGCACCCCGGGGUUCAUCGGCCUGGGGACCAGACUGUUGCGUCGCUUCACGGCACCAGAAUUCAUGAGGAUGGUGAUAGACUGCUCGUCAGGCUCCUCGAACGGCAGAGGGCGGAUGUCCCGCUCAGAGACCUUCCCUCUCUCACACACGCACCAGCAGGUCAACAGCCAGCCGAGCGUUGACAGCAUCAGUGGAGUGAAGUGUGAAUUUGAAAGCUGCUCGUCUCAGUCCACCCUUGAUUAGAACAAGGACAGUGUCAAGCAACAGAGAUGGCAGAGAAAUUUUUACAACACUUAUUAUUCUGACAAUGAAGCUUGGUUGCUUGGUGAUAUAUUCUAUUUACUGAGACACAUAAUUAGUCUUUGCUAAUGUUGCAGUUUAUUAAUUUUUUCAGUGUUUAUUAUUGAAAAAAACAUCAGUUUAAAGCUUCAGUUGCAUACAGCUGCAUACAAUUUUGCUAUUCUAUAUUUGAAAUAAUUUAUAAAAUAAUAUCAGUCUGUGAGCUACUAAAAUAAUUAUUUUGUUUCACAUAUAAGAUUUAUAUUGUAUGGGAUUAAAUGUAUUUGAUAUUGCUUCUGUGUUUAUAAGAAAUAUUGUAUGUAUUUUGCUUAAAGAUAUUCAGUGACUGUGCACUGUAUGAUUCCUGCUGAAUACCUAAUAAAUCCUUUCAAACACCA